AUGACAGUGAAACAAGCUUCAGUCUGCAUACUAUCGCUUUACAUUCACUCCAACAAUCCAACAUUCUAUGGGGAGUUUAACAACAGCACCCGGUUUGUAGCAAGGAAGAGUGGAGCUAGUUUUGUGCUGACUAUUGAAGAUGCCAGACCAUCAGAUAUGGGGAUGUAUUACUGUGCCACACGAGAUUAUGAUGCCAUGAUCUUCGGAAAGGGUGUGUAUUAUCAUGUGACUAUCAAGCUCUUUAAGUGGUUAUAUUAAAACAAACAAAAUUAUGAGAACCUUGGUUUUACUGUGUUAUAAAAGGUGCAGAUUCCAGGAACCAGCAUCUUACUCAGCAGCCUGUAUCUGAGUCGGUCCAGACAGGAGACUCUGUGACUCUGAACUGUACAAUACACACUGAGACCUGUGUAGGAGAACACAGUGUCUAUUGGUUCAGACAUGGCUCAGGAGAAUCCCAUCCAGAAUCAUUUACACCCAUGAAAAUAGGAGUGAUCAACAUGUCUACAACCUCCCCAAGAUCAACCUCAGCCUCCUUGUGCUGGGACUUACCACUGUGCUGUGGCCUCGUGGGGAGAUACUGGGAACGGGACCAAGCUGGACGUUGA